GCGUGGACGCGCUUCUCCUCCUCUCCUCUCUGGAGCAGCAAUCUGCCGGGGAGAGAAGUAUGAAGUCCCGGCCGGCACACCUCUGAGGGACCAUGCAAGGAUGCUAUUUCACAUUAGGAUUAUUUUGAUAGAAAUUGAAGUUGUUUGGACUUGAAUGUUUUUAAAACAGGAUCUGGCAGGCAGCAACGGGAGUGAAGACAAUUGGUUUUAGGAUGAAUGUUUUACAUCUUCACAUCUCGUCAGUUUGAGUUCUAAUUAUAUUUUUAAAGAUUUUAAAGCAUCUAAGACUUCUUUACUUUGCUCUUAGUUGCACCACACAAACUGAGAGGAUUCAGUUCAGCUUUUUUUUCUUGAGUUGAUCCUGAGAUGGAGCCGGAGGAGGGAAAGAUCUCAGUAUGGGUCUGCCGGGAGGAGAAGCUGGUUUCCGGACUCACAAAGCGAACCACCUGCGCCGAUAUUAUCAAAGUCCUGCUGGAGGACCAGAACCUGCAGCAGAGCGUCUCAGCAGCGAUGCUGUCCGGCUCCCCGCAGUCCUACUGCGUGGUGGAGAAGUGGAGAGGCUUUGAGAGGAUUUUACCCAACAAGACCAAAAUCCUCCGACUGUGGAGCGCCUGGGGAGACGAGCAGGAGAAUGUCCGCUUUGUCCUGGUGAAGAACGAUGCUUCGCUGCCCAACAACGGGCCUCGAAGCGCCGAGGCGCGGGUCGUACAGAGCCGGGAGAGUGGCAGUCCGGGAGGGUUGCUGAAGGGCACUGCUAAGACCUGCUGGACGGCCGCGGCCGCCGCAGCCAACCUGUCCCAGGAGAAACAGAGGCGCAUCGUGAGGAAGGCUUUCAGGAAGCUGGAUAAGAUGAAUAAAAAGAAAGAGCAGGCGGCUUCUAAGGAUAAAAGUUCAGUGGAGAAGAUGGAAACGUUGGUUCAUCUGGUGAUCUCUCAGGAUCACACAAUCCGCCAGCAGGUCCAGAGGAUCAAGGAGCUGGACCGAGAGAUCGAGCGCUACGAGGCUAAAGUGCACUUCGACCGCAUUCAGAGACACGGGGUGAACUAUGUGCAGGACACAUACAUGGUGGACUUCUCCACGGAGGACUUUAAGCGCAAAGCUGAGGACGCGCGGUGCACAGCGGAGGCGCUCGCGCAGUUCGAGGAGUACGCGCGCCGCUGCGAGGAGGUGGUGAGACUGCAGGAGGAGCUGACGGAGCGAGAGGCUCUGGUGGAGAGCAUCACUGGGGAAAUUCAGGAGGAGCUCAACCGCCGGUGGAUGAAGCGGCGGCGGGAGGAGAGAGGGGCGGAGGCGGCGCAGGAAGCAGACGGCGUGGUGGAGGAGAUGUCUCUCGCUGCGUCCGCAACUCCAACUGUGGAACCAGAUGUGGAGAAUCUGUCUGAGGACGAGCUGGUGCUCGAGGAGGAGAGAAUCAAAACCCAACUGGAUACCAGUUUGUACAUCGGCCUGAGGCUAAAGACAGACCUGGACGCCAUCAGAGGGGACUUAGACCUGAGUCUAGCACUCUGGGAAACCAAAGAGAGUGAACUGUUGGACCUGCUGGCCAAAGUUGAAACCAUGGAGAUAGAGAAAGUGAACAAAAAGCAGACUGAUGAUAGAAAUGAGGAGGUGGGUGCACGGAGCUGCGAUACUGAGCCGGGGACAGCAGAGAAGAGUGGUGGAUGGGUGGAACAGGCUCGGGGUCUGUCAAAGGCCUGUAAUACAAACGAUGAGGACUCAGACACAGGUUUGAGCUCCAUGCACAGUCAGGACUCUGACAACCCACCUGUGUGUGAAUCACUGGUAUAGACGUGCUUUGUUUGGAAGCAUGUUGGACUUUUAUGCAACUCCAUGCCACAAACUCAGGGGCAGAGAAAUCAGUGUUGGUUGUACUGGAUCCCAGUUCAAAAUGCACCUCUGUGUGGACAGUUCUAUAGCAAUAAUUGUAGUCAUUGCACAAUAAGCUAGCGAGGUCAGCAUGUGUAGACAUAGUUUUGAUACCAGUGUGCUGACCUUUGACCUCCAUGAGGAAAGUCAGCAAAGCACCACUUAUUAGAAGUAGCCUAGAAGAGUAUUAUAGCAAGCCACUUAUGAUCUAUAGUCCUCAAACUAGCUCAAGGAUAAACCUGAUCACAGACAGCAGCCUGCUUCUGUCAGUAUAAUCUGACAAUUUGCCUAAAGAGCUAAAAAAAGCAAGGCUAGGUGAUGUUUCAAUAGAAGUCGGCUUUAUGGCCAUAAUCUGCGGGGUCAAGGGUCGACAUGAAGUGUUCCUUAAUGCACAGGAAAUACGUGAGUCUGCUGCACAAGUUGACAAAUCAGCUACAACACACGGUAGAAGCUUUUUUCAAAUACACGCACAGUGAAAGUGGGAUCAUUCAUUGCAGCUUUCACAAAAUGAGACUGAAAUUUAAAGAAAUUUUAACCGCAAAAAAUGAUGCUGCUAUAGAUUCAGUCUUACAUGUUUUUGGAAAAAUUAAUCUUUAGACUUUGGGAAAUAGAGUAGAAGCAUUAUCUUUAAAAGCAAAGCAUAACUGUUAGAUCACUCCAUGUCUUCCUAUUUAUUAGCAUCUGUGCCUUAAGCACAAAAAAAGGAUAUUUUUACAUAAUAAGACGCUGAGCUGAGCAGAGGUAAAGCUUCCAAACUACUCUCUAUAAGUCCUCUUCCUCUGUUAGAUUUUAAAAAUGAAAAAGUUUGUUUUUCUGUCUGUCUGAGACUUUCAGUAUUGUUUAGAGUUGUGGCCUCUAACUUUGUGAGAUUAUAAACCUUUAAAAAACUAAAUAAUUUUUUUAUGUUAAACAUUUAUAUUAGAUAUGAUCAUUUCAAGCCAGCAUAGUAAGUCCUGAAGAAGCCAAGAAUAAUAUAUAAUUUUUAAAUUAUCUUAUUUGAUUUCUUUGUUGGUUCAGAGCAUGACAAAGUUGAUUUAGUGCAGCAUCUUUCUGACAAAACAAAUGAAAUUUUGGCUUUUGUUUAAAGGGACAGUCCAGCAGUUUGGGAAUACACUCCCAUUGUGGCAGGAGACUUAAAAAAAAGAGACAUGAACACAAAUGGAAGCAGCAGACACUGGGAUCUCCCGACUUUAAGUCCUUUUAGUAUGGUUUUAACAUCCAUAAAGUGUGGAUCUUACAUUUCCUAUAAUGCUACUAGAUAAGAUCUUGAAAUAAACCCUUCUGCAGCCGAACAGCCUGCUGCUUUUAAAUCGCAGACGUCACAGUUUGUUAGACAAACAUAAGACAAGCCUGAUGACGUUGUUAGGCUUAUCUGAUGGAGUGAGAAAACAUCACACAUGUAUUUUUCUCUAGGAUGGAAUUACCCCUUCUGAUGGGUGAGCUGAAUAUCAUGAGGAAAAUCGGUGGAGUGCCCCUUUAAAUCAGUGUAUGGUUUGUUAUAACAUGAGUUUGGCCUCUCUAAAGAGCUUUGUUUCCAUGAAAAGCUUCUUAGUCAACCAUAAUUAAUGUGAGCAGAGAGGAAAAGCCUUGUGUGUAUAUUGAAGUUUAAUUAAAGGAAUUACUUCCUGCACCAAAGGGUUACUGUAUGUUGUUGUGUAACAUAGUCAGAAAGAGGGAUACAUAUGAGCCUGCAUGUUGGGUAUCUGCAGCAUCAGACUAUGAUUCAGAUAAUGCUUCAUGUCUGAUAAACAACUUUAUGCAAACUUUCUACAGAGAGCUGGAUAUUUUUGGCCACUUUUUUUGUGAUGUAUUAGCAUUAAUUUCCAGUGUAGGCAAGAAUAAAAAAAAUUGUUCCACUUGUACAGAGAUAUAAAUCUAAAAGUGACCUCGCAUCUGAGUCUUUACAAUAUUGGACAAGUGAGUCCUGCUGUGAGUGCAAACACCUGUAAGAUUAGACUUCAAGAUGCUUUUGGGAGAAACAACCCAUUUAGUAUUCCUGCAGUCCUUACAUCUCCGAACGCUGUGACAUUAAAGGGGAACUAUUUUAAGACACUUUUUAUCCUGAGAAUAGUUCCAUAGAGUAGAAUAGAGUAUUUGCUACGCUUCUUGGUCAAACUGGCUCCUCUGAGACCUGCACAGACAAAAAAAAGCAUCAGAAAAUAAAAAAAGAAACAGAAUGAAUGAUUUUAAGAUACCUGCGGUGGAAUUAUUUACUAUCUAUAUUGCCAGGAUGUUGUGAUGUCAGAUCUUACAUGUUGUACAUUGUCCAGCUGUACAUGGUGAUAACUGAUAUCUUUGUAAUGCCUAAAAGAAAUAACAUUGUUUCUGUGGAGUUAGCUGUAUGCAAAUACCCAAAUGACCUGUGUGUAGCUAAUCUAUGUCACCUGAUCAGGGACUGUUUGGAUCUCUCAGUCUGUGACAUUCAGCCUGCUUUUUUUCUAGAUAGGUGGUUCUAGAUCAAAAGUUUUAUGGCUACAGCAAGAGGACUGGUGCACUGUGGAAGCAGCAUAAUGCACAUCAUCAUAUAUGACUGUUUGUGUUGAAAUAAAAAUAAAAA